UUUGUAUUUGUUCACUGAAUGAUCAGAUGCAUGAUAAAUGUUCUUUCACACAAAGCUAUAUUUUGAAGCUGAAACUCCAAAUGAUAUUCCAAGAUUCUUCAAUGUAAGGUAUGAGACAAGGAGAAUUGAACCAGGAUGCAACAAAACAUAAUAUGAGUCAGUAAAAACAUAAAAAGGCAGGAUGUAUUCAUGAGACUUUUUUAAAUAAGGCUAACAAAGUACUGCACUGACAUCUAUAAAAUAAAACCAGAGUUAUUUCCACCUGAAAGCUAUCACCAUGUUGAACCUGUGCAUUGUUAGUGUUAUCACACUAUCUAGUAUACUUCAAGUAGGCAAAGCAGAUGGGCCUCUACAGAAUAUACCACAAUAUUGUAAAGGGUUCUCCUCAAGUACCAUCAUCUUAAAGACUAUCGAAUGUAAUGCCCCAAAGAACAAAAACCAUACCUUGGCUGAGAUUCUCAAUAUGAUCCCAAAUGACACAACAUCACUUCAAUUGAAUAAUUUCAAUUUUCCAACCAUCAAAUAUGGCACAUUCCAGCACAUGGAGUUCCUCAGUAGCCUGACUUUACAUUGCUGCAAGAUCAACCAUAUUGAGUCAGGUGCUUUCAAAGGACCCACGUUAUUCCUCAAUCUAAACUUGAUGCCAAACUGCGCUACAAUUAACAAUAUUGGCCCAGAUACCUUUCAACCUGUGAAUACAAUGCUAGGGAUGUUGGCAUUUGACAAGGUACAACAUCUAGAAGUUGACACAUUUAAAGAUUUUCGCAUGUUGUCUAGGCUAACAUUAGGUGACUAUACAUAUCUGGAUGAUGUCAGAGAACUAUUCAAACCACUUAGUCAACUUAUGUCACUAACAAUACGAGACACAAAUAUGACGAAAAUACCAGAUUUCCUAUUUGAAACAACAUCUGGCCUAGAAUCAAUUGACUUAUCAAAUAACAAAAUCGCAAGUCUUGACUUUCGAGGAACUGUUAUACGGAGAGGCACUAUGAACAUAACACUGUCAAACAAUAAGAUAACCAAGGUCACAAACAAUGCAAUGAUAAAAUUUGCUGCUAAUCCUGAGCUCCUACUGACCCUGAGUAGUAACAGAAUAUCAAGUAUUGAGCAAGGUGCAUUCAGACACACAAGACACAUAGAGGGAAUUCUACUUAAUGAGAACUACAUCUUAGGAUCAGAUAAUAUCAAACAAAUCUUAUCAGACAUUGAUAUUGGUCAUGUUUCUGUUGAUUCAUUUGAUGUUUCAGCAUGUGGAUUGGUGGUAGAAAAUAUGAACAGUUCAUUUUUGGCUCCGUUUCAGUACUCAUCAUUGACUUAUCUGUCCCUGGCAAGUAACAGUAUAUUUUCAAUCAGAUCUGAUGCAUUCAAACAUGUACCACAUCUUCGAUUUCUCUACAUAUCAAACUUCAUGUAUAUAAGCCCUGAAGCACUACUAUCCUUGAAAAACCUAGAUCUAUUAGAAAUAAGCAACAUUGAAACAAUGGUGAACCCCCCUCCAGAGAGAACAGUAAUUGAUCUAAAUAAAAACUCUAAACUGAGAUUCUUGAGGCUAAAAGGAUUAGGACAGACCCGCAUUACAUUUCUAUUUCAGAAACUUCUCCAACUUCGGGAAAUGCGUUUGACUGAUAUCAGCGAUGAUUCAUUUGAAAUCUACAGAGAGCAAUCUAUUGAAGUGUUGGGGAAAGUUCAAAUUGGGGAACUUGAUUUCUCUGGCGAUCUUUUAUUUAAGUACACAGACCUUGAAAUUUGUCAGCUUCUUACAAAUGCUUCUGAGGUUUAUAGAAUUGACCUACGAAUGAACUUUCUUUCACAUAUUCCCAACUGUAUGUUUGAGAAUACAUUACAAGUUGAGUAUAUAAACCUGAGUAGAAACAGUUUAACUUUCAUACAAGCUGGCCUCUUCAAUCAUCUAAAAAAUCUAUUACAGAUUGACCUUUCAGAAAAUGCAGUUUAUAACAUUGACCCAUCAAACUUUCAAAACAUACUAUCUCUUCCUCCAUAUCGAUAUGAUACUAGAAUAAAACUUUGGUUCAAACGAAACCAGUUCAGUUGUAACUGUGACCUAGAUCCUUUCAAGGCAUAUCUUAUGUCUCAAGAGAAGAAUCUACAAUAUUCUAGGAAUGAUGAUGAGCGUUGCUUCCUUCCAGAUAGACGGCGGAAUGUAAGUAUUACCGCCUACAGAACCACAUGGAUGGAAUGUAAAUCUACUGUGUUCUAUACAACAGCUGCAUGUGUUUCAGGUUCACUUGUGCUAAUUACCACAGUUGCACUCAUAGUGCUAAAGGUCUACUGGAAAGACAUUGAGUAUAAGUAUAUUGUUUAUAAGGCAGCACAUAAGGAUGGAUAUGUUCCAUUGGAAGGUGAACAUGACGCAUUUGUAAGUUACCAUCCCGAUUCCAUCAGAUGGGUAGAAAACCAACUCAUACAUAAAAUGGAAACAGGGGAUAAAAUCCAAUUCCGAAUGACAUACUAUGAGAGGUUUGAAUUCGGCCAAUCCCUGUUCACCUCCAUGGGUGAACAUUUAAUAAACAGUCGUAAGAUCAUAUUUGUGGUAACAAGAGCCUGGAUGGAUGCAAUGCUGAACAUAAUUGAGCUCCAUAUGGCAUUGGAGAAGUUAGUAGUUGACCAUAAGAUGAUGUUUAUUGUUCUUCUUAUGGAGGAUAUACCCAGAUCGGAGAUGUCACAUGAGUUGCAAAUGAUUGUGAAACACAAUGUCUGCCUCAAGUGGAGAGAAGGAAAUGCAAAAGCGCAGAACAACUUCUGGAGAGAUCUGAGGAUUGAACUUGGUAAGAACAGACUUAAAAGACAAGCUAAUACUGACAAUCGAGAAGAACAGGCUUAAAGAUGAGCUACUGACAAUCGAGAAGAACAGGCUUAAAAGAUAAGCUAAUACUGACAAUCGAAAAAAACAGGCUUAAAAGAUAAGCUAAUACUGACAAUCAAGAAGAACAUGCCUAAAAGAUAAGCUAAUACUGACAAUCGAGAAGAACAUGCUUAAAAGACAAGCUAAUACUGACAAUCGAGAAGAACAGGCUUAAAAGAUAAGCUAAUACUGACAAUCGAGAAGAACAGGCUUAAAAGAUAAGCUAAUACUGACAAUCGAGAAGAACAGGCUUAAAAGAUAAGCUAAUACUGACAAUCGAGAAGAACAUGCUUAAAAGACAAGCUAAUACUGACAAUCGGGAAGAACAUGCUUAAAAGAUACGCUAAUAUUGACAAUCGAGAAGAAUAUGCUUAAAAGAUAAGCUAAUACUGACAAUCGGAAAGAACAUGCUUAAAAGAUAAGCUAAUAUUGACAAUCGGGAAGAACAUGCUUAAAAGAUACGCUAAUACUGACAUUCGGGAAGAAUAGGCUUAAAAUAUGCUAUAACCAAAACAUGAAGAACAUGGUAAAAAGAUAAUACUGACAAGUUAAUUCUGCCAAUCAAUUUCAGUAUACUUUGAGAUUCUUUCACAUUGAGAUUAAGUAUUGAACUACAAAAGAACAAGAGAAUAUAAAGUAUUUUGCAUAUCUCAAUAUGUUUUUGUUACUUAGUAGAUAAAAUAAGCAACCCAAUCUAUACAUGUAUUCUAUAUAUGAUUAGGGACAUCUUUGUAAUUUGGAACUAUCUAUGAUCCAGCACACAGGGCUAUGUCUCUCAGUUAAGUAGAAGCAUACAUACCUGUGCAAUAGCUAUGCAGUCUUCUCCCUGAAGAAUGAUAGGCCAGGCCUGUGCCUGAAAUAGAAGUUCAAAUGCAUGUUAUAAACCAGGUCUGUGAUGAGGUAGUCUCAUUUAUGUUUCAUACAACAGAUUUCACACUCAGUUCUAUAUUGCUUAAUCUACUUUGUCAAAUACUGGAGAAAAUGCAAUACAUAUAAGUAUGAAACAAGACAGUAUCUUCCUGUUAUGCUACAUUCCUGUUAUUGUAAUUAAAUUGUAGAUUCAGUGAG